AUGUAUUCCGAUUUGGAAAGUGACUACAUCAACCCAAUCGAAUUGUGCCACAAAUUGAACCCAUGGUUCAUUCCAGAGGCCGGCUUGCAUGGAUUCUUGACCAUUCUCUUUUUGGUGAAUGGCUACUGGUUUGUGUUUUUGUUGAACUUGCCUGUUUUGGCGUUCAAUGUCAACAAGUUUAUCAACAAGAACCACUUGUUGGAUGCCACUGAGAUCUUCAGAACCUUGUCCAAGCACAAGAAGGAAAGUUUCCUCAAGUUGGGUUUCCACUUGUUGAUGUUCUUCUUCUACUUGUACAGAAUGAUCAUGGCUUUAGUUGGAGAUGAGUAA